UCGUGACUUCACAGCAUCUUGUCAUAUCUUCAAGUGAAAGCCAAUUUGAUCCUUGAGUUGGUCAGACCUUGUGCAGACUAGCAUUUUGCCUCUCUGGUCUCUUGGCUUUUAUGUUUUAACUGUACAGAGGAGGUCGGUGACAAUGGUGACUGCCUCGCCACAUGAAUCGUAUGAAAAAACUUCUUCUGAAACAAAUCACACUUUUGUCCGGUGAGCUGUAUGGAACAUGGUUAAUAUCGGCUGUCAUCCUGAUCCAUGCUCAGAUCAAAGCUUUUCACAUGUUCGUCUCACGCUUGCUACUAGUGUCGAUUGAUUGAAUCCUCCUGCUUCUUGCAAUGUGCAAUAUUUCGACCAAUCGGAUGGAACUACACUGCACAUGAUCUAGAAGUUUUUGUCCGGUGGUCAUCCACAACGUUCAUAUUAGGUUUUUCAGGAGAGGUGGUAUAAACUGAAAGGCGAUUCGCGACUAGAUCCAUCAAGCGAAGUCUUCAUUGAGUUUUUGUGUAUUGAAACUCUCUUUGAUGCUCCUCCAUCUAUUGAGUUCUGCAGCAUCAUACUUGAAUUCUUAAAAUCAUGAAGCGAGCUGCCCUGGUUCAACGUCGGGAGCGCCAGAAAGUACAGACUGUGUCUUGUCCAUGCUGCGAAGCGCGCCUCGCAUUGCACUUCAUAAAUGGAGAGAAUGCGGUGUACGAUGUGACAUUAUUGGGGACUACGGUAGAUUCGCAACCACAUGACGGCAAACUAUCCAGAAUGGAAGCAGCUGGGCAAGAUUUUAAGGACGCAACAACGGCGCAUCGAGUGCAUGAUGAAAAGGAUAGUGGCAACGAGGUACAGGCAUAUAUCCUGGAAACUUCCGCAACUGAUACUCUUCUAGAUAAGGAGAUGAGAGAAAUCCAGCCCGAGAAAUCGCGUCCAGAGGAGGACAAGAAGCAUUUGUGUCUACAGUCUACUGUGAAAACGAGUGGAGACGGUCCUGGAAAUUCCAAGCUCUUUUCGCUAUUUUACCGAUCUAAAAAGACUGUGCAUUUAGUUCGGCAUGGGCACACAUCUUCGUUGAUCAGUCUUGUGGAACCCUCGGCCAGGUUCGACUUACGGCUCACGACACUUGGGCACCAACAGGCAAGGAAUAUAGCACCUAAGAUGGCGGCGCUCAAACCCGAAGUGAUUUUGGUGUCACCCCUUACUCGAGCACUACAAACGCUUUCUGGUGCAUUUCCAUCUAUUCAGGAACCAGGCCAACACCACGUUGAGGUGACUCCACUCCACGCUGAGCAUGUCAUGUGCACUGGCGACAUUGGCCGGCCUCCAAAGAUUCUGGCAGGAGAGUUUCCUUGGCUAUCUUUUGAUGGACUCCCUGAAGUCUGGUGGUACUCACAAUCGGAGCAUCCAAAUGAUGCUGUCAGGAUGGAGUUCAACAGCGUGGAACCUAUGGAAGAGUUGCGCAAGCGAGUGGGUGUCUUUAGGCAAUUUCUGCGUUCAAGGCCAGAGAAUAUUAUUGUCGUCAUAGGACAUUCAACCUUCUUUAAGGAGCUCACCAGCAGCCGGCAGCGCCUGAUGAACUCAGUCUUCACAUCUAAGUGCCAUGGGUUUUGAAGACACCAAGUUUGGCUGUUGAUCCAGGUGAAUGAAAUCAGUCUCAUUAUAGUCUUUCGUGCUACUCUGUUUGAGCUCUGGAUUCUUCAUUGUCAAGCAUGAGCUUUGGAUUUACUCACGGCUCAAAUGACUGAGAAACGAUUUCCAAAACAAACCAUACUUUGAUGGUGGUAGAAAGCAUCCGUUUAAAUGGAGCCCCACCUGUUGCAAAGAUUGUGAUAAACCUAUCAGUAGGCCAUAAAUCACAUAUGUACUGUUCCCACUAAUUUUUUCCUCAAAUAUCAUAGUUUCAGUCAACAUCAUUCACAUUUUUGUUA